CUCCAUGCUCCAAUCAGUCUGCACUCGCAUGUCCACGAGGUUGCUCGCACGGCCCUGGUGGUUGUCCUUUUCCACCCGCAAACGUAACACCCCGACGCCAAGCUUCCCCCUUCCCUCCUCGUACGCUUUUCGCUCCUUCAUCUCGCUUUUCCUCGUUAUCCCUUCUAUUUUUCCUUCCCUCUCUCCUUUACCCUUCCUUCCUCACUUACUUUUUCUCUCUCUGUCUCUUUCGAUUCAUGUUUUUAGUUUCUGUAUAAUCUUUCGCGACGACUUCGUUUCCUAUAUCCAUCCUACAACGAGCCAACCUAUCCGUCCAAACGAACCGUCCAGUUUUGCCGGCUCACCGAAGUAUCGUGUUUAUUUACGGUAGCAUAGGAUGAGUCGAUCGAGGAGUAAAUCACCACAAUUACCGUUACUAAUACCGCUUGAGAUAUCGGACGCGUAAAGUCGCAUGUUCUUUCUGACAGACCACGGAGAGGUUAGGUCUCGCGAGUGAGAAAGAGAGAGAGAGAGAGAGUGUGGCGGGCUCGCGUGCUCCGUUUGAAUUUCGAAGUCGCGCCACAGGCGCUACUUGUACCCUCUCUCUCGUCUUUCGAGAUAGCGCGUGCGAGAAAGAGAGAGAGAAAGAAAGAGAGAGAGAGAGAGAGAGAGAAAGAGAGUGAGAGAGAGUGAGAGAAAGAGGGUGAGAGAAAGAUAGAAUCCUCGUCUCUGGCUAUUGCCGCACCGCCACUGUAGCAGCAGCAGCACCAUCAGCGGCAGCGAAGUAUAUCGUGAUGUACUACGGCGUGACGUACGCCGCCGUACGAGGACGAAACGAAAGGGAGAGAGAGAGGAGAGGAAAAGCGCGCGAAUCGUGAGCCACCGUCAGUGUACGUCGCGCCAGUCUCCGCGCCGGUGUUCGGGUGCUCUUGCGCUUAAUCGAGGUUAGGUUCGACAAGGCGCGUUCUUCGAAACGCGCUAGCGACGUUUAGACGUUCUCAAUUUUUUUUUUUUACCGAGAGAACGUAAUUCACGUAUCGCGUUAUUACCAUUGUUAUCAUUAUUGUUGUUAUAUCCGUUAUUACAAGAUCGAGGUUGACACCGUCGUAUUUUAUUUGUCUCACUUUUAUCAUCUAACGUCGAGACGUGUGGCAUGCGGAAUAUGGUGCGCCCCGAGAAGAAACUCGAAACUAGUCGUUUGCAAAGCGACGGAUAAGAGAAGAUCAAAACAGAGAGGAUCUGACAGGAAAGAGUAGUGUGAAUGUUCUCGGAUAGCCGUAUGUCGCGGCUUGCCGCGCACGACUUUUUCAGUGCACACGAGGAAAAUAUGGAUAACUCUGCGUACGUGCCGAAUCAUCUACCACCGCCGUCCCUGGUCGUGUUUUCGCAGGCCGGGGGACUGCCCGAGGCCCUGAGAAUGCAAAGACCCUUCAAUCCACAAGUGACAGAUUCGAAGGAGCUCCAGGUGCCGUUCAGCACUGCGGCGUCCCUCGGUUACGGUCUUCAUCAUAUGCUUCACCUGCCACCACAAUUUCUUCAUCCACUGGACCAUCGGUUACCAUUCGCUGGGUUCAGGCCCCUUGGGCCUUCUGCGUUCGCGCCACCGAGCAAGUGCCUCAAGGUCGAGACGGGUAACGGUUCGGUAGCCGGCUCGGGUCUACCAAGCAUCGGCUCUCUUUCGAGUAUGUCGAAUAUGUUCUCGCCUACGUCCUUGCCUCCCUCCGCCGGUGGAGGAGCAGUCGUCUCUGUUUCGGGCCCAGGAAGCACGGCCACCGGUUCGGGCUCUGCUAACGUCGUUGGUGCUGGUACUGGUGGUGCUGGUGCUGGUGGUACAGCCAGUGGUGCUGUUUCAUCUGUGCUAUCUUCUGGACCGGAAGGUGCACCUCACAGCCCGGCUGGUUCCGCGAGCCGUUCUCCGACGGGUACCGGGACCGGCUCGGCGCCGAAUCGAGGCCCAACCCCCGAGGAGGAGGAUCGAGACGCCAACGCCACACCCGGAUCCGAGAACACCGAGCGCUCCACCCCCGAGGAGGGACGACCUUACAGACUGGGGCCUGUGUUCGGGGGCCGAUGCGGCGCGGAGGCGCUCGGUCUGGGGCUGGGGCUGUCGCUGGGCCCGGCCUACAGGUUCGCUCUGCCCCCGGGACUCGCUGCCAAGACCACCCGCUGCCUUGUAUUCGACCAAGGCAAAAAGAAAUUCCCUUCGGAUCCGUCGUGUUGUCCGGUAUGUGGCGUUACAGUGAGACCGCAGGAACUCGAGCAACAUUUUGCUCAAGAACUCGAUCGACUUUAUAAAAUCUCGUCAGCGUCGUCACGACCACGGCCACCGAGGUCUACUUUACCACCAGUUCAUCCUCAGGAUCAUCCGCAUGGACCGAUGUUACAUGCUCCGUCGGCUGCCGAGGGUCCACCACAUGGAACACCUCAUCAGACACCUCAGGGUAGAUGGGAGACCUAUAAAAGAAUCAAGGCGAAUAGACAGGCAAGGAUUCGCGUGAAGAAUAGAAAGAGAAAAGCGGACGAGCCAACGUGUCCAGUUUGUAGCGAGAGACUGUCUGGUACUCCGGAAGAAUUGAAUCAGCAUGUUGAACGUUGUUUAAACAAGCACAACAAUGGUAAUCCAGCAGGUCAACACUCGAAUCUCGAUGAAGAAGAAGUCGACGUUGAGGGUGACGCGGAAACCUUCGAAGAAUAUGAAUGGGCAGGUCAAAGAAGAGUUCGGGCAACGUCAAUGCUCGUUGGUGGAUUUUCUGCUGCUGGUUUGGCGACAUCCUCGAGCAAUCGUGGUUCCGGUGGUGGUGGCGGUGGAGGAGGAGGAGGAGGAGGAGGAGGAGGGGGCGGUGGUGGUGGUGAUGGUGGAAAUCAACAAGACGAGGAAGACGUAGACCUGGUCGUCGAUGGUGACGACGUUGCGGAAUUUGGACCGGCACAAUAUUCCGAAGCCGAUGUUAUCGCUCCAAGGAUCGAUGGUACACCGAGGGAACAAAAGGAGAGGGACGCACUUAGAGAAGCUGUAAUAUCACCAAACGCACCCCACACUCCUCAUUCCGAUCAGCUGACGCAAGGGUUGCUCGAGGUCAAGCCGGAACCGGGUACCACGACCACAACAAGCUCAUCGACGCCUAUUCCUGGCCAACAAAACGAACUCGAUGAAAAUGUUUCAUCUUCACCAAGGAGGGAUGGCGAAACCCCUGUCGUCGAAGCUCUUCGAGGAAGGAUCAAGGAACUCGAGGCUGAAAUGCGUGGUCAACCAUUCAAGUGUCUAAUUUGCAUGGAACAAUAUAAGAAACCAGUGACGUCUGUAUGCUGCUGGCACGUGCAUUGCGAGCAAUGUUGGUUACAUACGUUGGGUGCGAAAAAGCUUUGUCCUCAGUGCAACAUGAUCACCUCGCCAUCGGAUCUACGACGGAUCUACAUGUGAACGAAAUCUCGUACGAAUGAUUAUAAUGAUAAUGAUGAAGUAUACCAAUCGACGAACUAUGUCCUACUAUGCUUCAACUGAAACAAUACAAUGCAAUACGAUACAAUACGAAACAGAAUUUAGGGAAAAAAACAAAAAAAAGAAAAAAAAAACAGAAAAAUAACAAAAAAAGAAAAACAACAACAACAACAACAAUAACAACAACAACAACAACAAUAAAAACAACGGGAAAGAAAAUUAAGAACGAACGAACAAAAUGAACGACGACGAUGACGAAAUGAUGACAAAGACAAAAAAGAAAAUAGUUUCAUUGAAUCGUCGUUCGAAAUGUAUCCGCUAAUUUCGUGUAAAUACUUGUAAAUUCAUAAAUGUAUAACAUAAAUUAACUCUCUCACGUAAACGUACACGCACGGAUACACACGGAGAAAGAUCGAUCAUCGCGAUCGUUUUUUUUUCUCUAUCAUACCUUCGAUUAAAAAGAGAAAGAGAGUGUAUCCUUUCUCUCUCUCUCUCUCUCUCUCUCUCUCUUUCUCUCUCUCUCUUUCUCUCUCUCUCUCUCUCUCUCUCUCUCUCUCUCUCUCUCUCUCUCUCUCUCUCUCUCUCUCUCUCUCUCUCUCUCUCUCUCUCUCUCUCUCUCUCUCUCUCUCUCUCUCUAUUUCUCUGAGUGUAACGCACUUAUUAGGAUUAGUAAAUUAACUCUUUUAGCCAUUAACGGGCGUGAAUUAAAGUUGUUGAACGUCUCGUUCCUUUCGCGCAUACAUGGCAUCGUUCAAUAUGAUUUACGAUCGAACGAUUUGAUUUAGGAAUUUUCGAGAUAGAUAAAAUUGAGGAACGAGACGAAUGACAAAUUUUUAAGUAGAUCCUACGUCUCCCUUUUUCCAACGUUAAAAUCGCGAACUGAUGAGGUCGAUCGUAUUUACAAAUGGAAUUGAUUAACUUUUUCUUCUUUCUUUUUCUUUCUUUCUUUCUUUCUUUCUUCCUUUCUUUCCUUUUUUUCUUUGUUUUUUUUAAAUUUGUAGAAAAAAAACAAAAAAAAAAGUAAAAAACGAAAAAAAAAAAAACAAAAAUUCGUAAAGUAAGAAGUAAAGUGUUUGCGUACGUUAUAAAGAAAGAAAAAAAAAAAAGAAAAAAAAAGAAAAAAAAAAACAGAAAUGAAAAUUAUUCGAUAAGAGCGAAUUAACAAAAGUCCAAACACAUACAUUUUAUCUUCGAAUGAUUAAACCGCGCGCGCGCACUUAUACUUACACGGAAUAAACGGAGACGAUUUGUUGCUAGAAAAAAAGAAGAAGAAGAAGAAAAAAAAAGAAAAAAAAAAAAAAAGAAAAGAAAAAAUUCCUUAAAAAUGGCCCUCAUUUUGAAAGGACGUGUGUACGAUCGACGACGAGCCCGCACCUUUACGAUACUCUCUCGUUCUAAUUCUAAAAAAUCGAUCCUAUCGACGAUCGAGAAGAAAGAUACCUCGAUCGUUCCUCGUUUAUCAAACUAAACAAAAAUCAUCGAGUUUUUUUUAACUCGUUAAACCUUUUGCAAAACGAUCGACGCUAAUACUUUUUUUUUUCUUCCCGAUCGUCGAUGAUAAUUAACGAAGCAUUUAGCUAAUCGUCGAAUCGUUUAGCUCGCCAAACGCGAGGACUAUACUGUAAAUACGAUGAGAAAAGCUGAUGGCGAAGAAGAAGAAGAAAAAGAAGAAGAUGAAAAAGAAGAAAAAGAAGAAAAAGCGUAGCAACUACCCUCUUUUCUCCCCCCGAACGCUGUUCUGUAAUCCAUAAUAAAACGAUCAUGGAAUGUA